ACCACCACCACCAUCACAACAACAGCAACGUAAUAGUGCCAAUAAUCCUUUUACAGCUACAAUCCCCAUAACUCCUUCAGGAUCGAUGAAAGACGUUAAUGACGUAGUGAAUGUUCUAAGAAGUUCAAUCGCCUCUGAUGAAAUAUCUAUUUCAACAAAUAAUUCUGAAGAUUAUUAUAUGUCACAACAAGAGGUUCCCAAUACCAUUCCUAUAGCAAUUGAACGAGUUGAUAAAGGCAAAGAAGAAAAUACAAACCCUUUUAUAACUAAAGAAAAUAAAAGACAAAGUCAGCUCUCUUUUCUUUCACAGCAUGAUUCUAAUAAAUAUGCAGUUUCAGAUAGCUCUCAAAAUAAUGUUACACUUGACUCCGUUUUAGAAAAUGGCAAUAAUAAUCUAUACUCUGAAUUACUUGAGGUUCAACAGGUAUUAAAUCACAUAGAUCCAAAAAACCUGUUAGAAACUAAAAAUCGACUGGAUACGGUGAAUCAGUUGUUGGUGACAGCUCUGGAUCAUAGUAAUAAUUUAGAAACAAGAGUGAAAUCAAUUAUAGAUUCCUCAAAGCGAACAAUUUCAGUCAUUAAUGAUGAGAAAAGAGCAUUAAAAGAAAAUGAAGAAAAUAUGAGAACAGAAUUAGAACAAGCUAAAGGACAAUAUAACCUCUUAAUGGAUGAAUUGAAAGAAAAAUAUGAAAAUCAAUUAAAAGUAGACCAAGAACUAAAAGAACAAUAUGAAAAUACAGUAAAAAAUAAUCAAGAGCUUCAAAAGAAGGUUCAAGAGUUGAAUGAUCAAUUAGAAAAAUAUGCAGCUACUCGACACACUAUCUCAUUAUUAUUAAUGGAUAAUGAGACAAAUCCUUUACAUAAUGAUAAUGAAUUACUAGACAAAAUUAAAAGUAUUUUGGCUUUAUCUGUCUCUCAACAAGUAUUGAAUAGUAAACUUGAACAUAAACUAGACGAUAUUGAGACGAAACAUGCAAAUGAACUAGCUGACAUACAAUCAAAGUUUGAGCAGGAGAAAAAGCAAUUACAGGAUAAUCUUGAAGCUAAUCAUCAUAUGAUGUUACAAGAAGUUCAAAUAAAAUCAGAGAAUGAUGCCAAAUUAAAAGACGAAAAUCAUCAUUUUGAAAUGCAAACAUUAGAAUCAAAGUGCACUGCUUUAAUCGCUGAAAGAGAAGAGCUACUAUCGAAUCAAAUACAAAAUGAAGAAAAGUUAAAAGAACAACAAGGGAUUGAGUAUGAUGCACAUGUUGAAAAAUUGAAAGAAGAGCAACUAGAAGAUAAAUUAAAAUUAGACUUGUUUUCCACACAAGUUGAGGAACUUCAGAAAGAAAAAUCAAAUUUAUUAAAGGAAAUUAGCAUUUUAAAAGAUAACACUACUACUGAAGAUGUACAGAAGAUUACUACUGAUGAGUGUAAUGAUUUAAAACAAAGAUUAAAACAAUUUGAAAAGGAUGAGGUAAAAUUGAAUCAGUCAAUUGAAGAAAGAAGUGAAUUGGAAAAAGAUUCUACUAUAUCAACACUAAGGGAAACAUUGGAUUCAACAAAAGAAGAAAAUGCUGAAUUAAGAUCAAAAAUCGAAGAAAUUCAAAGACAACUACAAGAACUUCAAACUUCUAAAAAUACUUCUGAUAAAAUUUGGGAAGAUAGAGUUCUAAUCAUCAAAGAGCAGUCUGAGCAGUCUGUUAAAGAUGCUAUAGAAGAAGCUCAUAGAGUAAAGGCUGAUUUAGAGUCAAAAUUACUAGACGCCGAGACGACAAAUAUAAAAUUGAAACAGGAAUUAGAAGAUAUAGAAAGAAUAUCAAGAGAAGCAGCACAAUCAGUUAUAGAUGAAAAUCAACGUUUAGAAAAUCGUAUUCGUCAAAUAGAAGAAAAUUCGAAUAUAGCUAUUUAUGAAAAUGCUACUUUGAAUGAAGAAAUUGAGACGUUGACUAAAAAUAAUAGUCAAAAAGCAAUUAUAUCAGAAAAUCAGCAUUUAAAGAAUGAAUUAAAGGCAUUAAAUAAUAUUCGACAAGAGAAUAUGAACUUGACCGAGUUAGUUGAAUGCUUACAGGCUAAAAUUAAAGAGUUAUCGGUAGAGGAUAGUAUUAUAUUAAACAAACAUGAUGAUUCUUUGAAACUAACUGAUCAAGAUCAACAAGAAGAAUUAAUGCGUAUGCACACUAGAGCACAGCUUGGAUUAAUAGAAUAUUUAGAAGGAGAAAGUGAUGUGCUAUCAGCGAUGGCGAAAUUUAAGAAGCAAUUAGAAGCUGAAGUAAAAGAAUUUGAAUCAAUAAGUGAGUGAGUGAGUCUAGAAACAGACAUAUUGGGCCAAUUCCUUUGAUUUCGACCCUUCAAAAAAUGCAUUAAUUAUUUUAUCUUAUUUUUUUUUCACUUGUACAUCAUUCCUCAGUGAUAUCAACACAAUAUUCUAUUUUAAAAACCCCUUUCUGUACCAAUAUAGAAUAUUUUUUAAUUUUAUAUACCAUAUUUUACAUUAUACAUGAUUGAUAAAGGUCUGUACUUUAGAA